AUGGGCAGGAGAGCGUGCUGCGCGAAGGAGGGGAUGAAGAGAGGGGCGUGGACGGCCAAGGAGGACGAUAUCUUGGCCGCCUACGUCAAGGCCCAUGGCGAAGGCAAAUGGAGGGAGUUGCCCCAGAAAGCCGGUUUGCGUCGGUGCGGCAAGAGCUGCCGGCUGCGGUGGCUGAACUACCUCCAGCCCAACAUCAAGCGCGGCAACAUCUCCUACGACGAGGAGGAUCUCAUCAUCCGCCUCCACAAGCUCCUCGGCAACAGGUGGUCGCUGAUUGCAGGCAGUCUGCCGGGUCGAACAGACAAUGAAAUCAAGAACUACUGGAACGGCACGCUGGGCCAGAGGGCCGGCACCGGCGCCGUCGGCAGCAGCAGGGUCGUCGUCGCGCCCGACACCGUCUCGCACGCCACCCCGGCGGCAGCCGGAACGACGGCGGCGGCGGUGUGGGCGCCCAAGGCUGUGCGGUGCACGGGCGGACUCUUCUUCCACCGGGACACGCCGCACGCGGGCGAGACGACGCCGACGCCAAUGGCCGGUCGUGGAGGGGGAGGAGCAGAAGCAGGAUCGUCGGACGACUGCAGCUCGGCGGCGUCGGUAUCGCCCCUCGUGGGAAGCCUGCAGGACGACCCGUGCUUCUCCGGCGACGGCGUCGGCGGCGACUGGAUGGACGACGUGAGGGCCCUGGCGUCGUUUCUUGAGUCCGACGAGGAGUGGCACCGCUGUCAGACGGCCGAGCAGCUUGCGUAG